UGCCUCGCAAAGAAGCUCACACUCUUUCCGGAAUCAGAGAAACUUUUUCAAUUUCUGCGAAACAAUAAUAUCAAGUUGCACCGGUAGACUCAAACAACAUGGAAUUUUUCGAAUUCGCAGCCGGGGAUAAUUAUAAAGGUACACUGACAGACUCAGAGAACAAGGCAGAAAUCCGAGUUGAGGAUCAGAAUAGCAUUUUAAUGCCAUUGAUAAACAUGUUAAUGAAUGAGCAGAAAUUUAUAGACGAGAUUUAUUUUUUGGAUGAAUUUCCUUCGACUGACGUGAUUCUUCCCGUAUGGAACUGUAGUCCAAAACUAGUUAUUGAGUAUCUAAGAAAUGUACAUGAUGCGCCUUAUCCAAAAACUUGUGCUUUAUCAAGGAUUUAUUAUAAAUACAAUAUAAAUGGUAUAAAUGGUCCGAUAACGCGCGAAUAUGUGUUUACUGAUGAUAUGUCUCUCGUCGACGAUAUCAUCAUUAUAUGUUAUUUGAAUUGUUUAGAAUCACAAGAUCUAAAUUUGCUAGGAAUACAUCAUUUAUUUUUUAUGAUGCGGCACAAAUAUAAUAUUGUGUCCGCAGGCACGAUAUAUCAGGCAUUAUCGCCUUCUAGGAUUACCUGGACUCAAAUAAUGUAUUCCUUUCCAAGCGUAACCUGGGCAUAUACAGCACCAUCUUCUUCAGACAUGCAUAUGAACGUAUCAAUAUCUACUAUGAGGAAAAGAACGAUUUGGUGCAACCUGAUUGCUUCAGUUCUCCCUCGUUUAGAGGCAGAUUAUAUCCCUAUAGUGUAUCUCUCAGCGAUAAUGAUUGAAUUAAUUCAAAUCCUCCAUGAAAAUAAUGCCCCGUUUAGUAGAAAAAUUCGAUUGCUACAAAUUUAUAGGCAUAUCCUUUCAUUAUAUAAUUCUAAAGCCUUCCCUAAAUCUUUGAAAUUUACGUUAUGCGAGAGAAGGAACAUUAUACGAAGAGUCAAUGAACAACAUAACCAAUAUAAAUAUGAUCAUUUUGAACAAUUUUAUUCUGUCACUGAAAGAUUUUUAUCAGACGUAGAAUCACAAGUGCGGAAUAACUCAUGCAAUUUUUUAGUAUAACUUCCGUAACAUAUGUUCUGGCUUUAUAU